AUGAAGAUCUCAUCGGUCUUCUCUGGCCUUGCGGCUCUAGCCCUAGCCAGCUCAGCCAGCGCCGCCGACCGAAUAGCAGCGAUAUACAUCCAACCCGUAUCGCAAUCACCAGCGGCACCCGCACCUCUCGCCUCGAUCCGGUACAACUCCGCCGCUGCCGCACCCGAAGCAGAAAUUAUAUCGUACGAAGCACCUGAACUACCAGACGAGACUCAGCUGGUGCGCAUCGGGGUGUACAACCCGGCGACGAAGCGGUGGGAGUCAUCGACCUCGGUUGCAUCCGUGGAUAACUUCGGCAAGGGAUACUCGCCUACGCUGAUAUUGUCCGUGGACCAGAAGGGCGAUGCGUUUGGGGCGGCGCUGAAGGGCGUUAGGAUUGAUGCUGGACAGACGCGCGAUUUUGGCCCGCAGGCUUUGUUGCUUGUUACGGAGCCCGGGAAGCAGCCUGAGUUGAAUAAGCCGAUUGUGCUUUCGCCGGAGGGCAAGACGGUGGUGCCGGAGGAGAAGUCGUUCUUCCAGAAGUACUGGUGGUUGAUAGGUAUUGUGGUCAUGAUGACAUUGACUGGAGGAGGUGGUGAACAGGGCAAAUGA